CUCCCUUUCUCCACUUGUGCUAUCCUAGCCCUCGUCGGGGUAAGAGAAUCUCGAGUGUUAUAUCAAUGGAGUCAGUCGUGAGUAGCCAUACGGCCAAGUGGCUUUUCGCUUUAUCGUGACGGAAAUGGCGCGCUGUCCGACCUUGAGAACGUCUAGAGACCCUCGAGUGAGAUUCCGUUCGGGCGAUUCCUUUAGCUGAUAAGGAGCCGACGAGGCAGGUGGACAUGACGAAGGUGCGAUAGCACUUUUCCGCGCUUUUCUCCCGUAGGGAUAUGUCUGAAUGGGUGGCAUUUGCUCGUGUCGCGUUGGUCGCGGUAGCCAGGUUAACGCCGGCUCGAUCCUCGAUCGCGUGAUCAGCCAGGCGAGCAACGAAGAUCAGUGCCUGCUGUACCGAUUGGCUAAUUACAAGAAGGGCGGCGAGCUGAUCGAGGCGUAUAAUCAGGGCGGCCAGCCGGAAGUGGAGAAAUUGGUGCGCGAGCAAUUCGGCAUUCUGCUGUACGCGGACGGUAAAGGCCAGGUGAUCAAUCGCGCCGAGUAUCUGCGCUGGAAGUUUCGCGACCUCGAGCAGGUCGUGCUGCCGAUCGAGGCCUCUCUCUCGCGCUUCGAUCCACUAGCGCAGUGGAACGAUCAUGAAGCCUGCUGGCAGAUGCAGUACAGAGGCUCGCUCGGCGAGGCCCUGCUGCACGUUCUCAUCAUAUGCGACACGCGGAUCCACACCAGAAUAGCGCGCAUCCUGCUCAAGUGCUUCCCGCGACUCGCCAUCGACGUUGUGGAGGGUGAAGAAUAUCUUGGCGCGAGCGCUCUUCACCUGGCGAUCGCCUAUUUCAAUAACGAGCUCGUGCAGGAUCUGGUGGACGCGGGCGCGAUUAUCUCGCAGCGAGCUAUCGGCAGCUUUUUCCUGCCGCGCGAUCAGCAGAGGAUGAACCCCGCUAGAAACACCGAUUACGAGGGACUCGCGUAUCUGGGCGAGUACCCGCUAGCCUGGGCCGCCUGCUGCGCCAACGAGAGCGUUUACAACCUGCUGCUUGAUGUCGGCGCGGAUCCCGACGAGCAGGAUUCUUUCGGAAAUAUGAUUUUGCACAUGGUCGUAGUUUGUGAUAAAUUGGAUAUGUUCGGAUAUGCUCUGCGACAUCCAAAGCUUCCUGCUCGCAACGGAAUCGUGAAUGCUUCUGGUUUCACCCCGUUGACACUCGCCUGCCAGCUUGGGCGUGCCGAAGUCUUCCGUGAGAUGCUGGAACUGUCCGCGCGGGAGUUCUGGCGUUACAGUAAUAUCACCUGCUCGGCGUAUCCCCUCAAUGCCCUCGACACGCUGCUACCAGACGGCAGAACAAACUGGAACUCCGCGCUAUUUAUCAUUCUGAACGGUACGAAGGAGGAGCACUUGGACAUGCUGGACGGUGGUAUUAUUCAGCGAUUACUUGAGGAAAAAUGGAAGACCUUCGCGCGAUUGCAGUUCCUGAAGCGAUUGAUUAUCUUGGUGUUUCACCUGGCCUCGCUGUCCUUAGCCGUGUACUUCAGACCCGCGGACGUGGAUGCCGUGCUGCUGCAGUGGCCCGAAGAGAUAACGGACGUCGUCCGCACCGCGGCGGAGUGCAUCACCGUCCUGGGCGUGCUCAAUUACAUCCUGGUGCAACUCGGCGGCGAGAUGAUCAACGUCGGACCGCUGUCGUUCCUCAAACAACUGAGCACCGAACCGGCCAAGUUGAUAUUCGUGAUCAGCAAUCUGCUCAUUCUCGCGUGCAUUCCAUGUCGUAUCGCCGAGAAUCGGCACGCGGAGGAUGCGAUACUGGUGUUCGCCGUACCGGGCUCGUGGUUUCUUCUCAUGUUUUUCGCCGGAGCAAUUCGAUUGACCGGUCCAUUUGUCACAAUGGUGUACAGCAUGAUAACCGGAGAUAUGCUGACCUUUGGUAUAAUCUACACAAUCUUUCUCUUCGGAUUCUCGCAAUCGUUUUACUUUCUCUACAAGGGAUUCCCAGGCGUGAAAUCAUCUCUCUAUCAUUCUUACCCUUCGACCUGGAUGGCGUUAUUUCAGAUAACCCUCGGCGAUUAUAACUACGCGGAGUUGAAUAACACGAUCUAUCCUAACUUGAGCAAGACUGUCUUCGCGAUUUUUAUGGUGCUUGUACCCAUUCUGCUGCUCAACAUGUUGAUUGCCAUGAUGGGCAAUACAUAUGCGCACGUUAUCGAGCAAAGCGAAAAGGAAUUUGUCAAACAGUGGGCGAAAAUUGUGGUGUCUCUGGAACGUGCCGUAUCUCAAAAAGACGCUCAUAAUUAUUUGCAAGAAUACAGCAUCAAGCUAGGACCCGGCGACGAUCCGAACAAUCCCGCAUCAGAGCAGAGAGGCGUGCUCGUUAUUAAAAGCAAAUCAAAAACCAAAGCGAAGCAGCGUAAGGGCGCCGUAGCUAAUUGGAAGCGAGUCGGAAAAGUUACGAUAAACGAGCUGAGAAAACGAGGUAUGACUGGCGAGGAGCUUCGACAUAUAAUGUGGGGCCGCGCGUCUUUCUCUACUCCUGUGCGAGUCAGUGCUCCCAAUGCAGACCAACCGCAAGUGUCGGCAGUUACUGCAGGUUUUGGUGAUGCGCUAACCGCAGCUUUGGACGUAAUGGCCUUUGCACAUGACUUUGACUUAUCCACGGCGACAGAAGGCAUACCCACCAAUAUCGAUGCGAAACAGACAAAGAUGACACAACCAAAAGCCACUCCCAACGAUCAUCAGAUGAAAACGACCCAGAAUAAUCCGGAAACGGUGACGAGUCAGCAUAAACAAACCCUUGGAGAGCAAACUAAAUUAUCAGGGCUUACAGAUUUGAUCGAUAAGUCUGUUGAUCCUGUGAAAGAUGUGGAAGCGAUGAAUUUAAAAAAUACGAAUCAAACGAAAGCACUUGAAGCAGCUAGUGAAGAUCCAUUUCUGGAACUCGCAAUCGCUUCCGAGACUACAACAGAUUACGAAAUCCUACUGCAAAUAGCAAAGUCUGCUCUAGCCGCUAGCGAAGCGUCGAUGAAAACUGCGAUUGAUGCGCAAAUUCUGGCACAAUUUGCGAUGAUUGCUCCACCAUUGACGACUGAGAAAGUCAUUGUUAAGAAGCAGUACUUCAUGGAAUCCAGUGACAACGAUCUCGGUGGAGAUAAUUUGCUUGGCACUGAAGCUCGCCUUCGAAGAAUAAAAUCUGCAAAUAAUAGGUUUAUCACUACGUCAAAACGGUCACACCGUGAUGACGAUGACGAUAGUUCCUCGUCCACUGUGUCCAUCGAACGAAAUCAGCGAUAUCGACCACUAUUUAAUGAUCCGGAAGAAAAAUUAACAAAUCAUAUCGAGAUUGAAGGUCAAAAGACUUCCAUCGAAACAAUGAAAUCGGAAGUCAAGCAGAAUGGCAUUCCAAUCAAGCCACCGGAUAAAGUUCAUCAGAAACGUCGGCCGAAAACGGCCAAGAACAGGGUAUCGCCUAAGGAAAUAGAGGAGUCGACGAAGAUGAGUGAAUCGAUUGAGCAGAGUAAGGCGGCUUCACCGCCUACGUCCUCCUCGGAUCCGCUCGAGCCCUGGAGCACGCGUGGCAUCACCGACAUGAACACAAUAUUGGCCUGGCGGGAGAACGCACCGGAUAGUCCGUAAUAUGACUUUAUGACUACAUUUUGCGCUGCGCCGACGUCACACGGAUGAUCGCCCAUAAAGAAGCCUCGUGCUCGAACGAGCCGCUUAUUUCGAAUAUUGCGCAAAUUCAGUUGUAAAAGCUUGAAACUGUAAUAAUACGCGCGCCGAAUUUUGAUUUAAUUCCAAAAUUUCCACUUUUAAUUCAAGAGAUAUAUGCGAAUAACGCUUCAUAAAUAAUUAUAAGAGUCGAAGUAUGAAAUAUUAAUCGACAACAGCUUUUCACAUAUGGAACACAGAUAAUAUUGCAUAAAUUAGUUUUUUCGACGGUAUCCCGAGGGAGAGAGAGCUUGAGCUACAAGUGUGAUCAACAAAUUUGUAUAGCUAUACGAUCGAUUUGCAUAUAUGGCAGUAUUAUCUGUAUAAGCUACUGCUAAUAUAAGGUUUACUUAAUCUUGUUCGCGCACCGUGUAUCUUAUUGUGGAUAACAUGCCAUUAAAAGUAACAGGCUUCCGUGAUAUGAUAAUUAUUCAAGCAAACACAUAUACACAUUUGCCAGGGACCAAGUAACAUCAACUUAUCGUUAUAUGUAAUUUCUACAGGGAUUACACGAUGAGAGAUUUUCAUAUUCAUAUGUAUGCAUAUCUAUUAAAUGAGCCGCUAAGGAAUUUCUCAAAGAUACGGAACAUCUCUAUGUAGCGCAGAAAAUGUACCUCUUUGUGUUUUAGAAGAUAUUUCCAACUUUGAGGGAAAUUCUAGAUUUUAGAUCUCUUACAAGAUUUGCCAAUUAUGCAAUUAAAACGCUCGGCAAGUUAUAAGCUGCAAUAUAUAUAUAUAUAUAUAUAUAUAUAUAUAUAUAUAUAUCGUGCGACAAUACAGUUAUAUUCUCGCUGAUAAUAAUUAUUAACUGGUUUCUUAUAUUUAUUGAAUUUUUUGCGCACAGUUCACAUUUCAAAGAUUCUAUAUGUAUAUGGCAUCGAAGAUUAAUAUAUAUCCCGCAGAAAGUUGUCAGAAACAAAAAUAUCUUGAAAUAUAUAUCUUAAAAUCCCCGCGUGUAAAUACUUUCGCGCAGACAGAUAUAUUACUAUUUGUGUACCACGAGACAUGUAUAAAAUAAACUAUUUUCAAGUGCGUAUUAUUAAUUUGAAA